CAAUAAACCCACCAUAGCCUCUUCUACCUCUUCCAGACCCCUCUUUUUCUCUCCUCAAUUCACUUUUAGAGAGGUGCAAUGGCGGGAGUGAGAGAGCAAGACCACUACAUGCCGAUAGCGAACGUGAUAAGGAUCAUGCGGAGGAUUCUGCCGGCUCAUGCUAAGAUCUCAGACGACGCGAAGGAGAUGAUCCAGGAGUGCGUGUCGGAGUACAUCAGCUUCAUCACGGCGGAGGCGAACGAGCGGUGCCAGCAGGAGCAGCGGAAGACGGUGACCGCGGACGACGUGCUGUGGGCGAUGGAGAAGCUCGGCUUCGACGACUACGCUCGCCCUCUCGCCGUCUACCUCCAGCGCUACCGCGAGAGCGAAGGAGAACCCGCUUCUGUGAGACGCGCUUCUGCAUCUGCAUCUGCAUCUGCACCUCCACCACCUGUUCUUCGCGUUCCCCCUAGCGUGGUGGUUCCAGGUGACUCACACUCUCACUCACACCCACACCCGCAUCCACCUUACCCUCAUGGAUUUUCCCUGUCUGAGUUCGACCCUUCGCCUCAAGGCUUCUUUGGGAACGAUGCUUCACCCUCUGCUGAUGUUGCUGCCAAUUUUCUUCCCGGCUUUGAUCCCUAUGCUCACAUGAACAUCCGACGUGAUUCCAUGUGAACGGGUCUAUGUUAAGAAUAAGUGCUUUCAUACAGAUAUAUAUAUAUAUGAAUGUCCUGUGCGUUCAUUAUCUAUAUAUAUCUGCUUUCAAGCACAUGUUAAGUCGUUGCAUUUGCUUUUCAUGUUCUAGUUAAUUUGCAUGUAGGAGCUGGGUCAGCCUUUUGAACUUCUUUUUCAUGUCUGUUCGAUUUCCCUGUUGUUGUUGUUGUUGUGUUUUAUUAAAUAAUAAUGCUUGUUAUUGAUUGUUAUGGUCAAAAACUCAUGCAAGCUUUUAUUCAUGCAUAUGGAAAAGAAUAAGGUGGGACUAUCUUCCUUAUCUCCUCAUGUUAUUGUUGAUUUGUCAAGUAUCUUUGGUUCACUGUUCUUAUUUGAUCCCUAGACAUU